UGUAAUGUUCAUGUCAAUAGCACCUUUGGAUAUAUAUUAAGUGAGAAAAAGGAUAACGUGUUAAACAUUUAUUUUAUCCGCUGUAUACACUUCUCAAACAUGCAAUUUGGAUUACUACGAGUUCACUUCAAAGUCAAAUUGUUUUCUACAUCCACUUUUCACACAACAUCAGCACACGCACAGAAUAGGAAGAGCUUCUUUUUCGAAGUAUUUCACGCAGUUGGUUUGAUAGUGACCACAAACGUGAACUCUUUCCUGCCUGCCCCCCGGUACCUGUUCUUUGUAACUCAUAUUGUGCUGACAACCCACAAAAAUCCCCAUCGUUUAGUCAAACGACACGUCGAAAAUCACAUCACCACAUUUCCUUUCUACAAUUUCAUUUUCAAAAAAUGAAUGCGGCAAAUCAGCUCAUUUCUUGCACGCACACGCACACGCGCACGCGCACGCAGCGUAAUUGAGUCCAGUGACUCCUGCAGUGGGAGGAGGCAAACGUUAUGCGCACACGCUGGAAGGUUUCACCGCCAGUUCUCUCGCGCCACCGUCAUUUUCUAAGAAACCUCUGAGCAAACUCCCUCUUAAGGAGUCCAGUGGGCAACAUCUCGUUGGCCUCGGUGAUUUGGAACUUCGUUAACAAUUGCACACCGCGGAGAUUUAACGGCGACCCUCACAAGUUACCUUCGCGAAAGACAAACAAUCUCGAGCUAUGUUUUCCAAGGCCACUUCCAGCUUUGUCCGUCAGGUUGACCCAGAAGGAAGCCUCAUUCAUGUGUCCCGGAUGAACGACUCGUCCAAGCUGGUUCCGAUGGCUCUGGUGGUCAAACGCAAGCGUGUCUGGUUCUGGCAAAGGCCCAAAUACCAACCGACAGAUUUCAAGCUCAACGAUUUGUUGCUGGGCGAGAAGGGGCUUACACCUGCUGUGUCCAAGAAGGAAUUCCUGACCUACACGGGCAUUUUUGGAGACAAACUCACUGGCAAGCUGGAUGCCGAGGCUGGCUCUGUCAGCCUGACGCUCAAAGCUCUGGGCUCAUCGAAACUCCUGUCGGAUUUUGGCAACCUGCAGAAAGAGGAACUGGAUGUGACUAAGUUGUUAGAGGAAUCCAACAAGAGGCUGGUGGACAUGGAGCACGUGUUGGUGCAGCAGCUCGAAAAGCGAUCUGACGUUCUGGCCAUUGUCAAAGAGAGGAUCCUCACCACCGCCGCUUGCACUCUCACCGAGACCAAAAAGGAGCAGUGUGCCUUUCGUGCCGUUGUGGGACUGUUGGGCAAGCUGGGGGCCAACAUUAAGGUCUGUAUCAAGGAGAGCAAUGACAUUGAGACGGGCAGCGAUGUUUCCUUGACGAUCCCCUCUGAUGUUGUCGUUGCAUACAGCAUCCUGGAACUAGAAAUUAAAAAAGACGGCCACUAUAAAAUAUGUCUCCAGCCUGGAAAGAUCGGAGGGGGCUUUGAGGCCGAUAUGGGGAGGUCGUGGUCCUCUCAAGACUACCUGGACAUGACGGAUGGGAGGUGCCUUGAUGAGAAUAUUCCAGAUGAACAACUGCAACAAGAUGGAUCUCAGGUGGCAGACCUCGCUCCUCUCGCGGCGCUUUCCCAAGCAACUCGGUGGACCUUCUUCUGCAAACUGCAAGAUAUUCUGAGGGACAGAAUGACCCUCUCACAUCUGCAGCUUGCACUCGAGGACGCGUGUAUUAGCAAGAGACCUGACACGACACAGCAGGAGGAACUCUCAGGCGGUCAAACCAAACUACCGGACAACGUCGACGGUGCUGCCGCUCCCGUGAAUGCUGCUCAUCUGUUGGUCAGUGCCUUGGAAGAGCUGCCCGAUGAAACUUUAAGCCUCCUUUCUGACAGUCGGCCUGAGUUCUUUGAAGCCUUCAGCAGCCUGAUGAGUCUGUUGAAGGAGAGCAAUCGUCCCGUCUCCAUGGAGUCUCUUCCUACGCCACUGUGGGAGAAACAAGCUUUCCAGCAGGCAGAGGAGCUUCUCGGCUCCGUCGGCGCGAUGCUGACGGUCGACGGCGACCAGCUGUGGUUGGAGACGGGAGAAAAAAAUGAAGUGCACGUGUUGGUCCUCCGUCUCAGCACUUAUGGACUGUCUCUGCUGUGCGGUGGACAAAAAAGGGAUUUUUUCCCCUGUUUGGUUUAGGUUCAUUUUUUACUGCGUAUUUGUAUUCUUAUAUGUACUGACUGUAACAGUGUUUCCCGACAGUUACUGAGCCACAGUACAUAAUUUACAUGUUAAAAAAAAAAUAUAUAUAUAUAUAUAUAUAUAUAAUCUUGCAGAACUGUGCCACGUACAUCUGGAGCAGUUCAGAAUCAAUAUUUGGUCUAUCUUUGUUUUCAUAUUAUUCUGUUAUGUGAAUGGCGACUGGUGAAAACCGGUUAACGGUACCUUCUGGCAUCUCGUGGGAGCGCAUCUAGUUCUUCUGUCUGUCACUAUACAUGGCUGGCAAAGAUAGAUGAACAAAGGUACAUUUUUUUUUGUCGUAAAUGGUUAUAAUUUUCAGACCGACUGAGUGAAAUAGGAUCACUUCUUAUGGUACACCUGAUGAUCUCUCACAACACGCUAAUGUGCCUCGGCACUGUUGUUGAGAAUCACAGGACUAUAACUAUUUUUCUGAAGGAAGAAAUUAUAUAUUUCUAUAAAAUGUCACUUUUAUAUUAUUUUAGUAAAACGUGGAGUGUGUUUAUGUUUUUACAGGUAUUCCUAUUGAUAUUUUAUGCACUAUAACAACUUAAUAGGCUCUUUCUCAAUAGAUAUAUUGUAUAUUGAGAGAUCCUUCGAGGAAACUCAAAUAUUUGCUGGAGUAAUAGUUAUAGCUGUUAGUAAGGUUGACAGUCGUUAUUUAUUUUUUCAAACAACAAACUAGAACAUUUAAAGCAUACUAAAGUGCAUUAUCAUAUCAUACCAAAAUAUGCUAAAACCUUCUUGCCAAGGUGGUGUUCUACUUUUAUUGAGGCUGCUUUUUACUCGUUACUAAGUUACAAAUAUUAAUCAGAAUUAAUGAAUGUAUCUAAAUCUAUAAAAUGCAACUGGACACCAUAGCUAUAUUUGAGACUUAUUUCUAUUUUAUAUAUUAACUAUUGCUCCAUAUAUGAAGCUGAAAUUUCCAUGCACUUAUCGUGAAUUUCUUGUUUGAUGAAUUAUAGUUUUUAAAGGAUAUUUUCCUAUA